AUGAUUCAAAACACUAAGGAUUUUCAAAGAUACACCUACAAUGAGCUAAUUGGUUCUCUCAUUGCACAUGAGAUGAUUUAUAAGAAUGAUGAAAAUGAAGGUGAUAAAAAAAAAAAGAAAGGCAUAGCUUUCAAAUCCAAAAAGGUGGAAGAGAAAAAGAAAGGUGUUGCUUUUAAAGCUAGUUCAAGUCACAUCAAGCCAAAGUGUCUUACUCUGAAGAAGAAUAAGUUUAGAAAAGAUAAAAGCAAAAAGGCAAUGGCAACAACCUGGAGUGAUAGUGAUUCUUCAUCAGACAAUGACAUAAGUGACAAAGAUAUUGCAAACACUUGCAUGGUGGCAAUUGAAGAAAAAGCCGAAAGCUCACACAUUGAAGAUAGUGGUAAUGAGGAACCACACACUUCUGCUCCUGCUACACCUAUUAAAGAGAAACAGAAAUUAGUUAGAAAGGAACAAAAAAGUAAACAUAAAGCAGAAACUAGUAAACCAUCUGGCAUAAAGGCCAAAUCUGGUAAACAGCAUACUGCAACACCUUCUAAUGUUCCAAUAGCAACUGGAUUGGCUUCUAGUGCUCUUGUUCCUUUAACACCAAUUGCUGCCAUGGCUACUGAAAUUCUACAAACCCUAAGUGAUGAGCCUGUCAAGCCAAAAAGGAAGAAAAUGACUGCAAACAGAUCCAAGCCAACUAGAAGAAGUUCUAGGUUCCAGGGACAAGAUUGA